GACCAAUGAAAUCCCAUUUUUUAAUCACACUUCUAGAACCCUUCAUUAGCUUCAGUUUUCUUGAACUAAACCGAAACAAAAGCUGCAGAAAAGUUAUUACUUUCUAGCUUAUUUCGCUCCUUUCCAAAGAAACAGGGGAAUAAAAAGCUAGCCGGAGAGAGUCGCCGGAAUGUCGGCAGCUAAAGAUCCGGCAGCAAUCAAGCUCUUCGGAAAAACUAUAACUCUGUGUCAGGACGACAGCAUGUCGUGUUCUGCUGAUCGUUUAGCUUCAAAAGACAACAAGAUUAUAUCCGUAAAACCUCUAGAGAGUAAAGGAAGGGAUGAAGAUGAUGAUGAGCAUGGUACGGCCAAUCCAUAUGGGAAAGAAACACAAUGCAAAAAGCAAAGAGAUGUAAUGAUUCCAUGCCCAAGAUGCAAGAGCAAGUUCACCAAAUUUUGUUACUACAACAAUUACAAUGUGAAUCAGCCUCGCCACUUCUGCAAGAACUGCCAGAGAUACUGGACUGCCGGAGGCUCAAUGCGGAACGUCCCCGUUGGCUCUGGUCGUCGGAAAAGUAAAUCUUCCUCUGAGUUUCUUCAUCGCAUUAUGCAUUCAGAACAGCCCUUUCAUGCCCAGUUUUUCUACGGCUCUCCAGUUCAUCAACUCGUUCUUGCACCCUCCAAUGGUUUGGUGAUGGGCCGUCCCUGCUGGAUCUCUGCUCCAACUUCUAUGGCAAUGGAAAGGCAUUGUUGUUAUGGGCCCAAAGGAGAUGACACUUUAGGAUUAAUGAAGAGAGAAAGUACAUGUUAGGACCACUAACAUAACCUCAACUUCACAUUACUAUGAUCUUGUAGGCUUUGGGCUAAGCCCAUACAUAUUUGCAAUCAUAAAAGUUUGUGGGUUGUUUAUGUGCUUCUUCACAGGUAAUCUUAUUGAAUUGUAGUCACCGUAUUACUAUCUAAGAAAAAUUGACAAGAAUAAUCUCA